AAGCACCAUGCUUUCGGUCGGCAGUGUAGGUUAAGUUUCAUCGCCACGCGGUAUAAAACCGCGCAUCGUCCUCCCGGGGAAGGCACAGUCUUCGCAAACAGUCCUAGCGCAAGCUGCUAGUGAGGUUUCGGGUUCCAAUAGUUACUAACUACUAGAAAAGUGCAGCCACCGACCGCCCCCCUGCCCAAUAGGUUCUCUCGUCAGACGGUGCAACAGUGUUGUGUGCAAGUGACUGACGGACAAUAAUAAACAAACAAACAGUGCUGUGUGAGGAAAUUGAAAGUGCUGCUGCAGUGAUUGAAUCAUCAUGCGAGCCUUCGUGUUGGGUUCGGUGUUGCUGCUGGCCUCGGCCUCGUCCGGGUCAUACUUGAGUCAUGAAGUGUCCUCACAGUACCAGGCUCACGAUGGCAUCGGCGGAUACUCGUACGGCUAUGCUGAUCCAAAUUCGCAAAAGCACGAGACCAAGGAUGCCCAUGGAAUCACCCACGGAGGUUACUCCUACGUCGAUGGUGAUGGCCACGUGCAAACCGUAAAGUACACUGCGGAUCCUUUCCACGGCUUCCAAGUCGUUGGCACCAAUCUACCCAAGGCUCCAGCUCCAGUACACUCGCACUACGGCGGUCCAUGGGCUCACUCGUACUCCCCCGUCGUUCUGGGCCACAACGGAGCUCCCCUGGAAACCCCGGAAGUCCAGGCUGCCAAGGCCGCUCACUUUGCCGCCCACGCCGAAGCCAAGGCUAGACUACACAAACGGUCGCUCUACACCACUUCCUGGAAGUACGUCCCGGCUCACGCCCCUGAGAUCAAACCAGCCCACUACGCCCAACCAGCUCCGGCAGCCCCCCACUAUGAUCACCACCACGAGGCUCCCCUUCAGAAAUGGCACGGACCCAUCCACAUCCCCGUGAUCCACAAUGGCGUCCCGGUGGAAACCCCAGAAGUUCAGCAUGCCCGCGCCUUCCACGCUUCGGCUCACAUCCAUGGCUACGCCCCGGCCCAUGAACAGUACCCGGGAACCCCGGCUGCCCACGAAGAUCAGACCAAGUACGGCCCAUGGAAGGGACCGGUGCACAUCCCGGUCAUCCACGGCGGAGUCCCCGUCGAGACCCCAGAGGUCCAGCACGCCAAGGAAGCGCACCUGAAUGCGCUGGCCAGUGCCCACGCCGCGGCCUCGCACGGCCCGGAGGAUGACGGAUCGUACAAGCCGGAACUGUGGGAUGAUCACCACUACCAGCACCAGCACCAGCAGCAGGAUCACCGCUAUCAGCAGCACUAGUCUAACUCUACGAUGCCAAAAUUUACACCUUACACCUAAGCCGGAUUUCAUUUUUAUUUUUCCUACUGUUGAACCAUGUUUUGAGUGCCAAUCAGGAGGAGGAAUGCUUCCGCCGCUACGGGCCACGUUCCGCAGUCGUUAGGCGGAAGUAGCCUCAACCGACGCUCGAUCUUCGCUCGUUUUUCUGCGUGUCGCACUUUUUGGCACCUGUUGAACAAUGUUGAUUGAUUUGUAUGUAUGUUUAUGAAGGAGAAGUCGUAUGUUAUAAUGCAAAGCAUUGAUGAAAACUGA